AUGAUGACUGCCGACGACCAGUUUGUCUAUGUCAUGGCUGGCCGAACCAUCGGAGGAGAUACAAGCACCAUCCCAGGAGCUUAUAAAUACAACGUUUCCGCAGGAAUCUGGACUGAAAUGGGCAGUCUUAUCCAGCGCUCGAACUAUUUCAAUUCUGUCACCCAAUUCAACUCGUCUUGGUACGCCGGUUACUGCGCCUUGGAAAAAGCGACGUUAGACGAAAACGGAAUGAUUGACUCCGAAAUAAUUCUUCCCGACAAUAACAACUGUUACAUGGAACUCUACUACGCUACUUUUGUUGAAAUUCCUGCUGGCAAAUGCCAAGCCUAA